AUGGCGUGGAUGAAACAUACGCUUCCUUGUGUUCAAGUCGGUGAAACAGCAAGAGACCUCCAACAAAGUAUUUCAGAACAUAGUACGCAGACGAUUGAUGAUCCUGGGAAGGGCCUGUGUCAACACCUGAAUUCUACAACAACGCCAUUUAAUCAACUACACGAUAAGCAAGACUGUAUCGCAGAGAAGAUUGACAGUGUGCGAAGUGGUGAUGCAGUUAAGUUCCUGCAGUUGUCUGCUACUGAAGAUGCUGCAUCAGUGCUGGUGAUGCAGGAGGCGGGUGAGGCUGGGGGUUGCACACUGCUGGGACUGGCAGCCAUCCUGGGUCACCACCAUCUAGUAUCACCCUUGCUGUCUGCUGGGGUGGGUGUGGACGAUACUGGUGUUAGCACCCGCACACCUCUUCAUCAGGCUGCAUCGUAUGGUCACGAGGACAUGACAGUGGCUCUCCUGAAAGCUGGAGCCAAUAUAGAAGCUGUCAGUGAGAGAGACAAUGGGGAGAGAGCGCUACACCUGGCGUGUCGUUACGGUCGGACGAACCUCGUUAAAUUUCUACUGCAGGAGGUGCUGAAUUUAAGCUACAGACAAUGA